CCAUCGGGAAAAAACAAGGGUUCUGAGCAUUUUUUCCCGGAGAUCACAGCCAGUAGCAGUGUAGUAUCUUUUUAGGGCAUGGGAAGAACUUUAGACUGGACACUCGAUUUGAUUCGUUGGCGGUCUGCACUGUAACAGUUAAUGCAAAUACAGGUUUAAAACGAGGAAAACAUGCGUUAGAUACGAAACAGUGUUUUUUGUAGUCUCCUGGUAAAAAAUUUGCUGGUUUCGGCUGGAAACGUUUCUUGUGAGGACCACCCAGUUUUGGCGGGAAAACUACCUCGGUCUUAAGGCGCGCCUCUCUUCACGAAAUCUUAUCACACUAUAGGGGCUCCAUACGAAAUAGUUGUUUCACUAACACAAGGAUAAGUGCAUUGUAAAUCCCCUCAGACUCAUCCAUUUUUAUUUGCGCUUUUACAAAUUUCUCUCCUUUCUAUUUCAGUCGGACGAUCUGGUCUGCUUAAUUAGGUUCUUUACACGUGCUCCAAAAACUGCAGAUAACUACCUCCGCGAAUCUAUGAUGGCUUAAUAAGUGGCCCUGUACUAAUUUGAAUUAACUGUGAAUUAUUCAAGAGUUAAGUAGGUUACUCGACUUGAUUUCGGAAUCAAUCCACGUCAAAAUAGCAUAUCAGACUAGUGAUGCCCACGCUUAUUUCCUCUUAUUUUCUACGAUGGGUCUGUAUUUAAGAGUAAUCAUUUAUUUAGGAUAAAGGUGCAACAUUUUAUGUUUAGCGGAAGUACAAGUUACGCUGCGUUCAUAACCUUGGGAAAAACAUCACAUUUGAAAGUCACGCUUUCUUUGCAUCCGUUUUGGAAGCACUGUCACGCUAUUUUAGAGCACAUAAGGGAAAAAUUAUCCCAGAUGCGUGACAUAGCUGUAAUCAAACUUCAUUUUCUUUCAACUACUAAUUUUUUUAUUUAACUACUAAUGUCGACUGCGAGUAUUACUAAAUCUCACAUUCUAAUACAGUAUGCAGGUUUCAUAUAACAAUAGACCAUUACGCUCAGCAUCUCAAGUGGAGGUUUGGACAGAACACGGCAUUCAGGUUUUGAACAGGGUUUUCAUCAGAGGAAUACCUACUAAGAUGACUGAGCUUCAGCUUGAAAUUCUCUUUGGUGGCAUGGGUUUUGAGGUACAGAAUGUGAGGAUUAUUGAAGAUCUUAGAAGUGGUACAAACAAAGGAUAUGGUUUUGUAACAUUUCGCACAGCAGAGGAAGCACAGCAAGUGAAAGACAUGGGCUUGGUGCGAUGGAAAGGAAAAACUCUUCAAGUUGAUGUAGCAGUCAAACGAAAGCCAAUGAUGUGGGCCCUUCAACAGAGGUUUGCUAUGACAGCAGGACAGCAGUCUGCUAUGACACAGGGAGCCCAGGCAGUUUAUGUAAUGGCUGUUCAGCCAGAUACAGGGUAUUCAGUACCAGUUAUCAUGGAUGGUCUUGCAUGGCAGUAAGAGUCGAAUCAACAGUUGAAGAAACAACAUGGAACAAGACAUUUGUGAUAGAUAGUUGUGUUUUUAAUGGCUAAAUU